AUGGACAAUAGCACUGAGAGUGGCGAUUUCUUUGCCAAGUUGAAUACGCCCACUGCCGGAUGGGUAGCUAUUGUGGUGUGUGCCAUCUGCUUCGGCACCAAUCUAAUUCCAGUCAAGAAAUUUAACAUGGGCGAUGGUCUGGCAUUCCAAUGGUUCAUGUGCACCGGCGUCCUGGUGGUCGGUGUGGCGGUGCAAUUGAUAGUGGGCACGCUGUACCGAGUGCCUCACUUUCACCCUCUCGCCAUGGUUGGUGGAGCUCUUUGGGCUACUGGUGAGGUCCCUUCUCCAGCACCCAACUCCACCUCACUGCAUCUCUUCUCACCUCACCUCACCUCACCUCACCUUAACUCACCACAGCCCCACCUCCACGCCUUCACUUUCCCCCACUCUCAUUCCCUUUACUGCUUUGCAGGCAACUCCCUCACCGUCGUCAUCAUCGAGGCAAUUGGUCUCAGUCUGGGCAUCCUCAUUUGGUCCAUUGCCAACAUGCUCUUCGGUUUCACCACUAGUCGAUUCGGUGUGUUUGGCAUACCGCCCAAAAUACCCUCCAAACCAGUAAUGAAUUACAUUGGCGUUGCAAUUGCUGUGAUAAGCAUUGCACUGUACGCAGCCAUCAAGCCGUCCGGGGAGAAGAAGAGCGGAGAGGAGGAAGGCAACUCGGAGGCAGAUGGGGAGAGUGAGCACAAGGGAGGCGUGUGCGCCUCCUGUGGUCCGGUGAGCAAUCUGCCCUCCGCUGCUCGACGUGCCCUUGGCAUCUUCCUCGCCAUCGCAGCUGGCUCCUUCUAUGGCAACACCUUCGUUCCCACCAUCUACAUUCAGAGCAUGGUGGAGGGUGCGAGUCAGGCCGGGUUGGACUACGUGUUCGCGAAUUUCGUGGGAAUAUGGUUGGCGUCGACAGUCAUCUUUGUGCUGUAUGCUGCCUUCAAGCGUAACCAGCCGUGGUUGCCCGCCAACCAGGCCAUUUUGCCCGCUCUGCUGAGUGGCGUGCUGUGGGGUGUGGCACAGUCCUCGUGGUUCAUCGCCAAUGCUGCUCUGGGUGAACCCAUCACAUUUCCCGUCGUCACGACAUGUCCGGCCGUAAUUGCCACACUGGUGGGUGUGAUUAUCUUCAAGGAAAUCAAGGGCAAACGCAAUUUUAUCAUCCUCGGUGUGGCGAUGGGCGUCACCUUCGUUGGCAUCCUCAUCAACGCUCUCUCCCUCUAA